AUGGUGAUUGGGGAUCUUAACGUGAUUGCGCAUCCUUGGGAGAAGAGUGGUGGAAGACGAGUAGCCGCCCGUGAUACUUGGAUUCUUACAAACUUCUUGCAAAAUAGAAGGGGAAUUGAUCUUGGUUCCCAUGGGUGCAAGUUCACUUGGCAAAAUAAUAGAUUCUUGGGUGGUUUGACUAGAGAGAGACUGGACCGAGCUGUGGUUUCGGGGGAUUGGAUUACAGCUUUUCCUGCGGCCAAAGUCACUAACGCACCUAUCUCGGUUUUGGAUCAUGGGUACGUGCUUUUGGACACGGUUAGGGGAAAGAACAAGGGUCAUAAACCCUUUAGAUUUUUUGAAGCAUGGGCGAGGGACCAUUCUUGUGAGGAUGUCAUAAAAGGAGCGUGGAGUUUGAGGGGUGAGAGGAGUAGAAAUAUGUGUGGAAGGCUGAAUGAUACGAGGGUUGCUCUCUAA